AGGGUACCAAAAAAUGUCUGCAGCAUUGAAGAUCCACAAGACCUAAUCACUGCUAAAAAGGUCCUUCAACCAAGUACUGAGGGUCUAAAUACUUGUGAUAUUUCCGGGCGUUUUUUUUUUUAAUUGCUAAAAAUCCGUUUUUGCUUUGUCAUUUUUGGGUAUUGUGUGUAGAUUGAGGCAAAAAAAACAAUAGAAUCAAUUUUAGAGUAAGGCUGUAACAACAAAAUGUGGGAAAUGUUAUGGGGUCUGAAUACACUGUAUGUGGUAGGCCUAUUUUCAUGUCAUAAAAAGCAACACAAUUAUGUCUGGUAGUUAUGGUAACAUGACGUGCUUGAUUGUGACCUCAGGUAAAGGUAACUCAAUUGUUUUUGGAUGUUAAUCCAGCGACAGUAAGACCCGGUGGAAACCCUCUAACGCAGACUCCACUGUCUGCACACUUUCCUUUACACUGAGUGCAAUAUGGUAGCAAUGCUGGGCUGGAGGCUGUGAAUAAUAUGCAUUUAGGACCAAGCUCAUUACGCUACCCGGUCUUUUAAAUGGUCUUGUAACGCAUAUUAGAUUCUUACAAAAGGCUGUUUUUUUUGCUGCUUUGGAGAAGAUAACGGUCUUACGCGCGUCUCUAUCACAGCUUGACCGUAUACAACUCGAUUUUCUUCAAACCACUGUAAGUAAUUGAGUCAAGCCUUGAAUCGCCGCAGGGGAGACGAGCUGUCAAGAUACUUAAAUCCGUUUGGAUAGCUGGUAAUGCUUAAAGUCACUAUGCUCUCGUCCAGAGCAGGGGCAACCCCAGCUCCAGACUACUGGAUAGAUGGAUCGAAGAAAGAGAUCUUGGCUGACUACUAUGAGUUGGAGUCCGAAUUGGGACGGGGAGCGACAUCCGUGGUGUGUAGAUGUCGACAGAAGGGAACACAGAAGCCGUUUGCGGUGAAAACGCUGAAGAAGACCGUGGACAAGAAGAUAGUAAGGACAGAGAUAGGUGUUCUACUUCGACUCUCUCACCCAAACAUUAUCAAACUAAAAGAGAUAUUUGAGACCCCAUCAGAGAUCAGUCUGGUCUUAGAGCUUGUGACUGGAGGAGAGCUCUUUGAUAGGGUUGUAGAGAAGGGCUUCUACACUGAACGGGAUGCUGCUGAUGCUGUCAAACAAGUACUAGAAGCCGUUGCAUACCUGCAUGAGAACGGCGUGGUGCACCGAGACCUGAAACCCGAGAACCUCCUAUAUGCCACCUCAGCACCAGAUGCUCCCCUCAAAAUAGCUGAUUUUGGACUGUCAAAGAUCAUCGACGAUCAGGUCACAAUGAAGACAGUUUGUGGUACACCAGGAUACUGUGCCCCAGAGAUCCUGCGAGGAUGUGCUUAUGGACCUGAGGUUGACAUGUGGUCGGUGGGCGUUAUCACGUACAUCUUGCUAUGUGGCUUUGAACCGUUCUUCGAUGAUAGAGGAGACCAGUACAUGUUUAAGAGGAUCCUCAACUGUGAAUAUGAGUUUGUCUCCCCCUGGUGGGACAAUGUGUCCCUCAAUGCCAAGGAUCUGGUGAGAAAGCUGAUUGUCCAGGAUCCAAAGAAGCGGUUAACGACCUUGCAAGCACUGCAGCACCCCUGGGUGACUGGGAAGGCAGUUAACUCAGCCCAUAUGGACACUGCUCAGAAGAAACUGCAGGAGUUCAAUGCACGCCGAAAACUCAAGGCUGCCGUAAAGGCCGUGGUGGCCUCGUCACGAUUGGGCAGCGCUGGCAGUCACGGCCACGCUGACAACAGCAAGAGCAGCAACUGCAACAGCGCCACCAAUCAGGAAGGGGCACAAGAGGAGCAGCCACGGAACGAUCAGUCACAGAUCCAGGAAGGAUCCUAACUGUGAAUCUCCUCUGUUGUUGCAUGUCACCCUGUGAAGCCAUUCUACCCUCCUGUUGGACUGUGAAGUUUGAGAGGAACCAUAUAUGGUCUCAGCUAUACUGGAGAUACUCCGCCUGGCUUUAUUGCAUGUGACUGAUUAAUUAAAUGAUGUACAACCAUACUGAUUCAGCACAUUGCAACAGCAUGCCACAAGUAUUUGAAGUACACGUGAAAUCAGAGUUUACGACUGCGCAUGCCCAUUUCUUAACUCACACAACAAGUAACUUCACUGGAUCUAUUCCAUUAUACCAUGUCAUAACUGCAAAAUGACACCUAAGUGUUCACAGUAUUAAUUUGCCGGUUUAUAAAUUAAUUCAUAACGAUGGUAAUCAUCAUGAUGCUCCGGUGGCAGAAUAUAAAAGUAACUUCACUGGAUCUAUUCCAUUAUACCAUGUCAUAACUGCAAAAUGACACCUAAGUGUUCACAGUAUUAAAGUAACUUCACUGGAUCUAUUCCAUUAUACCAUGUCAUAACUGCAAAAUGACACCUAAGUGUUCACAGUAUUAAUUUGCCGGUUUAUAAAUUAAUUCAUAACGAUGGUAAUCAUCAUGAUGCUCCGGUGGAGAAUUGAUUUAGGUUGAUUUGCAGUAGUGGUUGAGUAGGCCUUCAGUAUCUGUUUGGAGAACGGGUUGGACACAUUUUUCAGAUGGUCAUAAACCUUUAUUACAACUUCUAAGGAGAAUGCCUUAUUGUAUCUUAUUAACUGUGUUUUACACUCCUUUUGUAAGAAAUAUUUAGUAUCUUGUUAAAGGUCCAAUGCACCCGUUUUUAUCAGAAUAUCAAAUAAUUUCAGGGUAACAAUAUCAAUUAAAAUGGUCGAAAGAAACAAAUUGCUUCUUAGCAAAGACCAAUUUCUCAAGCAAGAAUUUUGCUAGGACUGUCUGGGAGUGAUCUGAGUGGGGAGGGGAAAACUGAAAACUAGCUGUUAUUGGUAGACAAAAGUGACGUUAUUUAAAAGUGUAGAGUUGUUUUACCAUUAAGAACUUUUUUUUUUGUAUACCAAAAUGGAUGUGUACAACUGAAAAGGCACCCCAGUUUUUUUUUAUUGCCAAAUACACCAUUUUCGUGGAAAUGGACAAGUAGAUAUUCAGUGCCAAAAUUGUUUGAGUCUGUUGCUUUAUUCGAUAAUAUCCCACCUCUGUCAUAUACAAUGGAAGAGGCUGUUUUCUUGGUGCGAAUAUUUCUAUCUCAUUAAUCCAUUAACUGACAUGCCUUGUAGUGGAAUGUUUGUUUAUCUACAAAGAAAAAGGUUGGCUGUGUAUUGAAUUUUAGCAUGAUUUUGCCUGCAGUAUAAAGGAAUGUUGUGGAUAAUAUAUGAACUGUAUUCAACAAGGGUUGUCCUUUUGCAUGUGGGAACUGCUGCGGUUGGCUGUUAAAAUGCCCUAUAGUUGACUUACAUCACAUGACAGAUGUAAUCUGUGUUAAACAGUGAAGUAUUAGAGGCCUUCUGAAGGCCCCAAGACGUCAACUUGAUAUUAAUUUUAUAUGCUCAAGGGAACAUUUAAUAAUUCAGUGUUGUCUUAAAAUGGUUACCAUUAGGAUUGAUUUGGUAUGGACUGCAGGAUAAAAAAUAAAACUUUAUGAAGUUGUAA